AUGUAUCUUACCAAAACGAUCAACAAAAUCGAGAUAUGCUACGAUGAGUCCGGUUAUGCUGAUGGCCCACCCGUCGUGUUGGUGUCAGGCUGGGCCCACGACCUGCGUCUCUACGAUGCCAUGCUUCCCUACCUAGCUGAAAAUCACCGGGUCAUCCGAAUCAAUUGGCGGGGCCAUGGCCCCAAUAGGGACUAUACAGACGACUUUGGUGUGGAUGAGCAAGUCAAUGACACAAUCGGCAUUUUACAGGCACUUGAAGUAGAUCGUUUCUACCUGGUCUCGCACUCGCAUGGCGGCUGGCCGGUGCUGGAAAUUGCAGACCAACUAGGCAAGGACCGAGUUCUUCGACUGUUGAUGAUCGAUCAGAUCAUGAGUUCCCCUCCACAGGAGUUUGAAGUUGGGCUAGAAGCCAUGCAGGCACAGAAGACCUGGGUCGCAGCACGCAAGGAUCUCUUUGUCCAUUGGUUAGCGGGAAGCAGCAAUACGGGCGUUCAUGACCAUUUGACCUAUUGCAUGGGCAGCUACGGACACCAGAUGUGGGCGCUUUCAUGUCGUGUUAUUGCCGCCGCGUACAAGGCUCAUGGGUCUCCCAUGGAUCGGAUGCGAAAGAUGGUCAACCCGCCGCCGAUACGCCAUGUCUUCUCUCAUCCUCUUGGCAUGCCGGAAUACCGCCAGAUGCACGACAAGUUUUCCAAGGCACAUCCAUGGUUCUCAUAUACAGAUUUAGGAGGAAAGACUCAUUUCCCGAGUGUCGAGCUGCCGCAGAAGGUGUGCGACGAACUCGAAGACUUGAUCGAGACAGGCGGAACACAGCUACGCAUCGGCUCUCUAUAA